CAGGAAGCAAGGAUUAUGGUCGGAAGCAGCACAGGAAUGCGAGAGCAUGUAUCAUCAGUAUCAAAUGAACAACUGGAAGAGGCAAUAGCAGUCUUACAGACUUCACUAUAUGCUGACACUGACUUAGCGUUUCUCUCCCUGUGGGAUAUGGGUGGACACAUGUCGUUCCAGGCUUCACACAAUGUUUUUAUUUCGUCACAUGGCGUGUACUUACUAGUCUUCAGAUUGACCGAUUUUCUCAAAAAUAAGCUGGAAACGGUCCGCCUGAAAAAAUGGAUCAGAAUCAUUGGCACGUUUUCUUCGUGUCAACUGAAUGCACCACAAACGAGAACGCAUGCUCCUCCGAUAAUUUUCGUCGGUACAUUUUUGGAUAAAUUGAAGGAAAACGAGGAUUACAACAAACAGAUAGAUACGAUACGGUCAAGUAUCUCAAAAUUCCCUGAACUUUCAGCACACCGAUUUGUCAAGUUCUGUACAGUCGACAACAGCCUCGGCGAUGAAGAUAAUGACCUAGAAAUAGUAAGAGAUUUUAUCACAGAGGCAUCUGUUCAUCAGGAUCAGUGGGACAGACAAAUCCCUACAACGUGGUUAAAACUCGAGAUGGACCUACUUCAAUUAAGAGAGAAAGGAACAAGGAUACUCACAAUGGAAGAGAUCAUCGAGAUGAACAAAUCAUCUCCAGCGCCAUUGUCCGAUGUUGAGAUCAAAUUUGCCUUGGAAUACCUUCACUGCACGAGGUCAGUUAUAUAUUUUCGGGAGUUUGACUACGUCAUCAACGACCCCCAGUGGCUUGCCGAUUUCUUCAGUAUCCUGAUUACCGAUGACCAAUUUCUCACUGAAGGCGACCUCUUAAUGGCCAGGGACCAGGAACUGUACAAAACAAAGGGCGAGUUGACACAGGAACUGAUUGAAGACCUUUUACGUCUGGAGAAGAACCAAGCUUUCAUUCCACAUAAAUCCAUUCUUCUGGCGCUGAUGGAAAAAUUUGGAUUGAUAGUGAAAAUGCAGAUGUCAGGAUCCGAAUCUGAACAUCGACGGUUCAGUGAGACGUAUACAAUCCCCAGCAAACUUAUGGAACUGCAGAACAUCGAUGUAAUAACCAGAGAGGUCACCAGCCUUAAGAGACAGUUUGUUGUUUCUAAAGCGUUAUGCUUAGUAUUCAACGAUGUCUAUGUACCUGAUGAGUUGUUUCACAGAAUCUUCGCCGAAAUCCUCAGGACGUACACAUCAACAUUUUUGUCAACACAAAGCCUCGAAACAACGACUGAAAUGGAUCAGAUGAGACCAGGAAGCGGUAACGCGUAUCUUUAUAGAGGUUUCGGUUGUUUCGAGAUUAACGACCUCUGCGGAAUUAUUCUGUCUAUGCAGCCUGAGAGGUCCACCAUUGCCGUGACAGUAUUCAGCCGAACGGAAACCGUUCUUCCCGAAGGAUGCGGCAAACUUGUCAAGGUCUCGAUCGAAAGGAUUCUUCGUGACGCUUUAGAAAUGAGUAACCAGCAACACUUUCAGCAUACAUACAAACUACACUGCAACUUCUUCCUGGGUCCAUAUGACACCCCUGUAGAUCUGUACGGCGUCACCCACUCAGAAAGGGGCGUUCCAUGUAAAGGGGUAGAGUGUCUAGGGCAACACCUUCUGUCAAGAAUAGACGCCAAAUUUUGGGAUAUCACACAGGAUUCCGCACGAGUUCCAGUGCAUAGGUCGAUAAGUGAACCGGCAAAUGAGGACACAACGUUUCCUGACAGAAGGCCAACGCCGCGGGAACUUGGUCGUCUGUCCCGUCUAGUAAGCGCCUCGUCAUAUCAGCUGUUGUUUGUAGAGCUUGGUGUUUCUAUACCAGAAAUCGAUCACGCUAAGAAUGAUUUGUUAAGCUUAUCGACAGUAACUCUGAUCACCAAACUGUUUCUGAAUUGGUCCAAUGCCUACCCGAAUCAGACGUUUCAACACAUCACACAGGCUAUGAAGAACGUUGGCAUGGCAACUGACCGGGUUGUUGAAAUGGUCGAAACGGAAGCGGAACCACCAGGUGAAGUACCAUCAGAGGUUUUGGGUAGAUCUCCAACUGAUUCAGAAAUCCAACAAAUCAUCAACUACAUCGAUAAAGCGUUCUACAACCUCUACUUAGAGAUCGGAUUAUCACCUCCAAUCAUAGAGCAGCAAAUGGUAAACUAUCACCAAAACGUCAGAGGAGUGAUGACAGCUCUUCUUCACUGUUGGAGAGAUACUUUCCAAGAGGAGGCAACUAUAGGCAGAUUGUUGACAGCGAUGAAAAUGUGUGGGAUGGACUGGUAUACAACAGCAAAGAUCUGGCCAAGAUGUCAGGGAGAAGUUGUUACUAGACCAAAAAAAAAAAAAUCAAGAAAAACGUAAAUGUUCAGUCAUGUGACAUGAUAUACUGAAAAAAAACAAAACACAUCAGUACGGAUCAACACGAGUAAUCUAUUCAAUUUUUUAAGUUAAUUGAUGAAUCAAAUCCAGGGAACAUUUCUAAUUAUAGUAAUUACCGUACGGCCUGUGGGAUAUUAUGUGUUUUCUUGUAAACAUUAGGAAAAUUUCUCGAAAGGUAAAACUCUUAACUUCUCUGAAAGUAAACAGAAUAUAUGUU